UUUGAAGGUUACGAAAUUUAAUUUGGGUUUGUUUGCGAAAAUGGAGAAUGCCGAAGAAGAUGAAGAUAAUGUUUCUGAGAGUCUUGCUGAAAAAGAUUUAAAUAAACCAAUGCAAUUGUGUUUUGGUGCUUUCCACGAAAGACAAAUACCCAUCGUUAAAGGGAAAAUGUCGGAUUCAACGAGAAAAAGAAAGAUUAAGGCAAUGAAAGAUUUGGCACAGGAACUGAGUACCAGAGCAAAAGUACAAACCAUUUUGUGCAUUGUUUCCCCAAACAAAAAAAUACCUACAAGGUUUCUAGAGUCAUAUGGAGAUCACGCUGAUAAUUUUCUUUAUGCCACAGAAUCGGGAAGUAAAAUCCAAUCUAUUUUAAAAGUGGCUACAGAAACAUGGAUUGGAAUUUAUGGUGGUAAACAACCAGAAAAGAAAAAUCAAAAGGAAAAAUCAACCACCAUAGAAGAGGAUACCGUCACAACUAAAUCAGCCAGGCAUGCUGUACAAAUUGCCAUAGAAAAGGCAGAAGAAAAAAGGAAAAGGCUACAAUUAAUUGAAAAUCAGCGUAAAGAAAAAAGAAAUAGAAUGACCCCUGCAAAAGCCAAAAAUUUUUUUAAAAAAUCAGAUACCUCUAAGACUAAAAAAGAUCAAAGGAAACAUUUGCCGAAUAAAAAAAGUUCCUUUCCAGAUCAGGAAGCUGUCAGCGGAACUAAGACAACUCUAGAAAUACUCGAAACUCUUGAAACAAACUCUAGGGAAUUACUUCAAGAAAUCGAGUUGGAACCAAUAUACCAGAAAGGCAAGAAAGGAUCUUAUCUUCCUAGACAUGUGAACCAUUUCCAAGAAAGUUUAGAAAAACUUCUCGAUGAUUCUGAAACUUCAGAAACAUCAGAAUUGAACCAUCAGGAUUUUACCCGAAGCACAAAUUCAAUUUCCAUUUCUCCAGGAUCUUCCACCACUUUUCAAGCUGAUCAGGAACCUCUUAGCUCUGUUUUCAGUAGCGUAUUCAACGCGGAAAAAGCUGAAUCCGCAUCUUCCGGUGUUCUUCAAACAGCCCAGCAUUUAGAUCCAGAAGCGGCUACAUCAGGAAGCGAGACCAUGAUCGGAAAAAUACCGGGUGUUGUGAACGCGAGAAAUGAGGAAAAUGAGGGACACAUUACUGCCCAAGAAAGGGAACCAAAUCAAAAAGCGUCUUCAAUUUUACCAAUUCCCGUUGGACUCGGAAAGCGACCUGAAGCAAAAUGGCAUUUUCUCUUUUCUAACAACGAAUAUUCUCCACCUAAAAACUGCCCUGUUAGAACAACUAAAACAAGGAAACGAUUGCGUAUUUCUGGAAAAGAAGAACAAAAUAAGACUUCAAACUAAAUCUUCCCAGUAAGUUCUACGCUAUUCGGUGGGCAAGAACCAAUAGUGCAUCAGAAAUCACAAAUUACUUUUCAGUAACAGAAAAGGAUUUCAAUUACACGGGCGUACAAAUUCAGUCGAUACGCAUUUGAAAACCAAGAAUCUUACAAAAGUCUACUUGAAACCAAAGGUGAUCAUUCAACUCUCCACUGAUCUUGGGUGAGAAUAAAUUUGAUUUUUGUCUUACAACUUUUUUCAUUUAUUAGUUAGAGACCCAUUAUGAAACAAUUAGAGUUCCAAUCUAGGUUUAGUUUGUGAACUACUUGUUUAAAUCGAUAGAAACAUAGUAUGAAGAAACCAGUAACUUUUACUAUGAAUUUUUCGGAAGCAGUCUGUGCCAUUAUUACUUUUUAUUAUCAGCAAAAAAAAUUAUUAACGUUUAGAAUACAACCUGCAAUUGUAGAGUUUCGUAAAAAAUGACCGUAAAAAUUUACGAUAGUGGUGCCGCUCUUUGACAAUCCGCUUAAUCACCUACCAGACGUAAACAAACUGUCAUUUUGUCAUCAGGACCGUUGGAGGUAAAGGUACUACCAAGUUUUAAGCUAUCUAAACGCAGUUACGACUGUUUAAAGGUACGUGUGUUGGAAGAAUUGUUAUGUAUUGUUGUAAUGAUGAUGGAAGUUUUUGUAUUUAUUUUGGAACUCAAGAAAUCUAUUAAUGGAACUAUACCACAAAAUUUUGCUUCAUCUGUCAAGGAAGUUCUUGUUACUUUCAAGUUGUUCCAUUUGAUGAAUUACAUUCAUGCCUGCAGAGUUUGGACUGGGUGCCCGAACGGGAUAGUGGAUUUCAUCGUUGCAUGAAAAUAUAGAACUACUGACCCUACUAACCAAUUACAUAGUAUUUUUAACCAAACCAUAUAGGUCAGUUGUGUAAUAUAUAGAUUUACUUGUUUGAUUAUUGACAGGGUAAACUAACUUCUUUUGUGAUUCCACGAGAAAGUUCUAUAUUUUUGCCUACAACAUAGAACAUACAAGGUUGAUGGUGUAUCAAAAUUGUUAUCCAUUAAGGUUAAUGAUUUGGAAUUUUGAAUUAACUAUGGUUAUCAUCCAGGUAAUGAAUUUUAUUUUAUUCAGUUCAAGAGUAAAACUUUAUAUUAAGGCUACCAGGAUACUACAUGAAGAACUGCUAACAGCAUAUUGCUAAACGGUGGAUCAUUUUCAGUAUCAUAGCAAUUCUGUUCUUCCUAUCCAAACAAUGUACAUGCAGGGCUGAAAAUGAAAA